AUGCAGAUUAGGUUCAAAUUUGGAAUGGAUAAAUUUUUUACAUUGGACUUGGUUUUAAACAACCCUUUUUGGCAAAUCAAAUUCAAUGAAGACGAGAAACUUAGAGGUGUUGACAACUAUUACGAGUGGCUCGAAAUCUUCAAGUUUAAAAUGAAUGUGGUCCCUGAAUUACGAUCUUACCUUGUUGAUGGUGAUUCUAGUAUCCGUAAGGAUUAUGAUGAGGACACUAGGCUAAAAUUUAUCGAGUUAUCGGAAAGAAUUAUUACCAGGGCCAUUGGGGAUGGGGUGGCAGAAAACCCGAGACAAAUAGUUUGUGAGUUUAAUGGUUCUGGUAGACUAUUAUUUUAUCAUUUAAAGAAAACAUAUUUCAAUAUUUGGACAGCUUUCACAAUUGUUUGUGAUUACGAAGAGCUUAACUGGAAGAAAAAGGAAGAACGGGUUCUCCACGACUUUAUGAACUCUUCCCACAGAAUCAUGAGGAUAACAGAUAGUCACGGUUUUGAUUUUUACAUGGCUGUGAAAUUUUUAGCAGACUUGAAAAGAGGCGGUAUACCAGAUUCCAUGACUAAACAAGUUAUUGAUCACUAUCACUCUCGGUAUGGAUCGGGACCGGAGAACUUCACGGUGACCAAUAUUAUCGCAAUCAUUGAACAAGUUAUUAGAUACGACUUCAAGUUCGUUAAGGAAGAUGAGGAUAAGGACCAAUCUAAACUUUCUGAUUCUAGGAACGACAUUGACUCUCAUUCAUCCUAUGAAAGAGCAAACAAAACAAACAAAAGAAAGAGACCAAGAAUAGAUCAUGAUAGAUUUUCUGACGCAGAGCUGGUGGCAAAGAUCAAAAAGAAUGAGAAAAUUACCACGGAAAAGAAAACAAGUGUAAAAAGAAUGCCUCCUCAUAACAACGGUAAAGCAUUAAUCAAGAAAAACCUUGAUGUUGAGGAGAUUUUCUUUUCCAAUGUUGCAGAUGUGCACAUGGUUGUUAAUAGAAAAUUGCUUACUGAUUUUAAAAAGUGCAAAGAGAGAAUACAUGGGUAUGGAGGCUUUAAUGCAUUGGUGUUGGGUAAAGGUAAAGUCAGAGUUGCGUUGGCAAACAACCAAUAUGCUACCUUAAAUGAGGUGUUUUACGUUCCAGAAGCACGUAUAAAUCAGAUAUCAAUCCCUAAAGUAACUAGUAAGGGAUCACGGCUCAAGAUUGCGGGCAAUUUUGUUUGCGACGCAGAAACAGGUGAAGUUUUAGGUAAAAAGGGUACAGUUCUAAAUUAG